AUGUUCAAAAGCGCAUGGGUUCUCGGCUGCGCGAAGUUAAAAAAAGAAGUAAAGGAAUCGGAGGCAAAGGUUCUGGGAAGUUAACAGAUAAACUAAUCAAAAAUUUAACUUUGUAUUACGGUCUUGCCAUCCGAAGACACCCCGAUUCAGCCGAGGAAAUGAAAAAGGCUGUAUGGGCAACUUUCCAUCAUAAAUGCUCCACAGACGACGAACCGAAGCACGAGAACUGCCCGCGAGGAGGAAACAGCUGGUGUAAGUGGCGUGUCGCCGAAGCUACGGGACUCAACGAUUUCCACCAUGAACCUGCCCUUCAAGAAUCUGUCCAAAAAGCCAUUCGACCGGUGUAUGAGGCUCUUUCGAGUGACGACUUAUUACAAAGGUGCACCGGCGGAAACACACAAAAUGAUAAUGAAAGUUUUAACGCCAUCAUUUGGAAACUUUCUCCUAAACACACUCAUUGCGGUGUACAAACGAUUCAAAUAUCAGCAUAUAUAGCUGCUGGUAUCUUCAAUGAAGGCUGCUCAUCAAUUUUGAGAACGAUGAAUACACUGGGAAUCGUUAUUGGUAACUACAGCAGGAGCUUCGCCGAGAAAACGGACGACAAACGCAUCACGGCAGGGGAGCAAAAAUUGUCGGAACACGCAAAACGAGCAAGAACUGAAAAAAUGACCUUGGAGAUUGAAAGUAACGCGCUCUUCGAAGAAGAAGAAGGAAUUCUGUAUGGUACUGGAAUAGCUGAUUAGAAUCACUUGGCGAGGCUGCAGAAGGUGCCGCGCACAACACAUCGCGCCGGGAGCGGACUUCUUUGACGAGAUCUGGAGCCGCCAUUUUCAAUUAUUUUAUUACGAAACAAUUCAACAUAAUACUUCAUUUAUAUAUAAACUAAACUCAUAAAAAAAAAUUUCGCAAAAUAAUUUAUUUUGUAUUCAAAAAAAAAUCCGGAAAUUGAAGCAUUUUUAUUGCCUUUGGACGGGAACCUCCCCUUAAAUGAACAGGAAUAUCCAAUCGGGAAAUGCUAUAACAUUGAAAAGAAUGUUAUAUAUCAUAUAUAUGUAUGAUCCGCCUUAUUUAAUAAAGGGUAUACGAAAUAAUUUGCUAACAAAAAAUUUGGUAUGGAAGCAAGAUGGUGAUUGUAUCAAAGCAAAAUGGGAGGUUAUUUAUAAUGUCUAUUUAUUGGAUAAUGCUUCAGGUGAAUUAAGACUGCCAAAGUUAACAGAAGAGCACUGUGAUCCCAAAAAGAUUUUAAAGAAAAUGAAGAUUGCAAAUGCAACUCAAUUAUUAGUUAGCUGCCAAUAUAAAUGUUAUGGCAAAAACAGGUAAUGUGCUAUUGUUAUUACGUGUAGUACAUGAAAAGUAUAACUUUUAUUUCAUUACAUACAUUUUAUCCAUGGUGUUUUAUAGUAACCUAAUUCUAAGGUAUUGUUUGUAGGACUAUACAGCGAUAUAUUUUUAAACAAAUCUGCCAUUGGGACAGCAAAAGCAAUCAAAUUUCUUGACAAUCUCUUGGACAGCGUU